GAAAUAUUGUUUUGAACAGUUACAUUUGAACCACACGUACGUAGAGAAUAACAAUUGUAAAUAAUUAUUAAAUAUACAAAUUUUAACAUUACACAAAUAUCUUUCGAAGAUUUAAAGAAAUUACAGAAGGUCCGAUCUAAACUUUCGUAACAUGCCAAAUAGAUUACGAUCAUUAACGAAAAGAGAUAUUAAUGAAUAUAGUAGCGAAGAAGAGGAUGAUGAUGAGGUUAUGUAUCAAAGUACCAGUAGUGGCCUACGUAAACAUUUGUCACAGGAUACUGGUGAAAGACAAAUGAAAAAAAAUGAAUCUUCUUAUAACACUAGAGUAGCUGGACGUAAUGCUCUUUCUCAAGGUAGUUCUAGUUUGUAUUCCGAAGAGUCUAACAAAAGAUUAAGAAGAGUAGAUACCAAAAGUAUAAGUUUGCAAGAAGAAAUAGAUUUAGCUGGAAGAGUCAUACGAUAUAUAUUUACCGUUGAAAAGAAAAAACAUGUUAUUCCUAAAAUACAUAUCGUUAAAAGCAUUCUUGAAGGGAGUGCAAAGAAUUUUCGUCAAAUAAUAGAAAGAGUUAAGUCUCUUUUAUCCCAGGUAUUUGGAUAUCAACUGGUAGAUAUAGGUAAUGGUAAAUACAUAUUAGUAAACGAAAUUAAAAACAACAUACCGCAUCUUAAGUUUACAAAAUCUAUAAAGGCUGAACAAGUUCUUCUAUUUAUAAUACUUGCUCAUAUCUUCAUGUACGAAGAUACAUGUACAGAAGGAACGUUGUGGGAUUUUUUACGGCACUUGGAAAUUAUAAAGGAAGAUAAUUUUCAGCAUGAUUAUUUUGGAGAUGUAAAAAAAUUAGUUACCGUGGAUUUUGUAGCGCAACAGUAUCUCGAGAAAGCGGUAGUAUACAAAGGCGAAUCACAAAAAUAUGAAUAUAAAUGGGGUCCCCGUGCCGAGUACGAAGUAUCUCCUCGUGAUGUCUUAGAAUUUAUGUCACGGGUAUAUGAAGGACGUUCAAUAGAUAGUUGGCCACUACAGUACCAAACGAUGUUAGCGAAAGAACAAUCUAGUUAAAAAACGAUCUAGCUAAAGCUAAACUUCAUCAAAAGUUUGAACUAAAGAAAUUUUUAUAUUUUUAAUAAAUAUCUAAAAAUUCGUUA